CUCGACCAUGCGGAAGAAGUUCGGAUCGUCGUCGUCUUUGCCCGCGACUUCGCUGUAGCGCCGCAUCCGCAUAAGAGACGCCGAGGCCGGCAGAGUGGUUUCGCCGAAUCCCGAGGCCAGAGCACUGCCUCCUGCUCGGAGAACUAUCCUCCUGCUAUUCCCAAGAAGAAUUUGAAGAUGUUAAAAACAACCACAUGGAAGAGAAACUGAAGGUCCAUGUGUUUUUGGGUGCACCCAAUCCCCAAUCACUGUCUCAGGAAGUCUCAGAUAAAAGUUCCAGUCAGUGGAGGACUUUAGAGCUUAGCUGGAAUCAGGGAAGGCUAAUACCAAAGAAAGAAGUCAGUGAGGGUCUCAUACAUAGUCAUGUUUCGGCUGAGGGCAUUGGUAGCCAGAUUCUACCCACUGAUCAUGAUAAGCAUAGCUUUUCAGCUUCUCAUGAGGGUAACGUAUCUGUAUCUGAUGAUGAUAUUACACCCUCAAUUAGCCAGUUUUCUCUGGCUAAGCAAGCACUGUCUGAAGAGGAUAACAUAAGUCCUGGACUAGUUACUGAAUAUCUAGACAGCUGCUUUCCCUCACCUGAAGCUGACCCAAAAGCUAUAUCUGAGCCAAGUCCUGCCAUGUCUGCAGAGACAGAAUAUCUAACCACAUGGACCAAGACACAAGGAUUGCUCCUGAAACCUGGAGUAGUUGGAGAUAAGGGCUCUGGCUCAAGCAGCACACUUGAAUCUCCUCAAACACCACCAAAACAAACUCCCUCAAUCUCCUUGGGCUCGCCAGACCUCUACAGCCCAGAGGCCAGUCCAGGAGAUAGAGGCUUGGGAGGAACCAUGCAAGGGUCAAUGGAGCUUUAUAAGAGUCUGAGCCAAAGACUGCAGGAAGGAGGUGUGGUUUUGUUGCGCACACCUGAUGGCCUUUUGUGCUCUCAGGCCAGUGCAGGGGAGCAGGAGGAAGUUCAUUUUGACUCCCAAAGCAAUUCCUUAGAAGCCUCACCUACUCCCAGCACCUCAAAACGGCCCAAACUCUCUUCAGCUACAGCUUGCCACCAGCAUGGAACUGGAAAUAAAAAGGUGCUCCUAUUUCAUGGUCCAACCACGCUGCUCUCCAGGUGCAUCACCUACGGCGUGCGUUACUCCAUCUUGGUCGCUGUGGUGCACCCAUGUCACGUGAAAGAGAUUAGCGUGAAGUCUGGAGCAUCAACUGGAUCCAGUAUUCCUCUGGCUACGGUGAUCGUCACUGACCAAUCAGGAGUGGAGAUGAAGGUGGUACUGUGGAGGACAGCAGCGUUCUGGGCGCUGACCGUUUAUCCAGGAGACAUAUUGCUCAUUACUGGUGUGACAGUGCAUCAGGAUAAAUGGCGAGGAGAAACUGUACUACAGUCAUCCUAUGUGAGUCAACUUCUGAACCUGGGCCAGGUCACUCAAGGCCAUAAUCCACAAGCUCCACAAAAUGUAAACGUUCACACACUGAGAUGUCUGUGUACUCAUCUUUGCGAGAAGCGCCCUCUGCUGGUGUCUCUGCCUCCUCGCUCUGCUCAGAACCUACAGGCAAUACCUUUUGUCCAUCUCGGGUCUCUUCGACCUGACACACUCGUUCAUGCCCUGCUCAAAGUCAAACACACAAGGAUGAUUUCAGACUGGCGCAGUGAAGUUGAGGGUGUGUCCCGAACAGGAAGUGUGACCAAAUCCAUGUUAACUGUAGAACAGCGGGACUGCAAACAAGGAACCGUUGUUCUAUGGGGAACUGCUCUCACCUGGCUACAGCAAAUACAUGCCAACAAGGGUGCAGUUUGGGAGUUUCGGCUUCUGCUGGUAAAACAGGACGUGACGUCAGGCCUGCUGGAGCUUCACUCCACACCUUGGAGCUCAUGCCUGCCUUUGCACCCAAACAACCCACGAUACAAAGAGUUCUGCAGCACUGUCACUUCACACCGGGGCAGCAGCAGCUUUGAGAUUGACCUACACACACUCCUGUCUCAGAAAUACACAGGUGAUGUAGAGCUGAAAGUUCACAUUGUAGCAUUCCAGUUCAACAGUAGUCCUUCCCAGGAUGCUGUGCUGCUUAUGGAUCGAGAUACAUCAUUGGAAAGGAUCUUGGACAUUGUGUCUGGUGACAUCACGUUCACUGGCUGUGGCCUGUGCUGUGCUGAGCUAGACACAGACGAUAAUGGGAUUUACAGACCAUGCUAUCCAUGUCUGCCUCAUACUGGAGUACGCCGUUAUUACAGGUCUGUAGUUCUGACUGUGAGAGAGGGGCAGAGUCAGGUCUGUGUGCAUGUUCCACCUACACUUGUGCAGAAGAUCCUGCUUAACACACCACCAGACAAGCUAAACAAGACUGUAGCUCAUGUAUCAGGGGAGAGAUUUGUUCAGGUGGUUGCUAAGAGGAUCCACUCCAUCCUGGCCACUCCAAGAUCCACGUUUCAUCUCACCAUCCGCAGCCAUUUUGAUUGUGAUGAAAACAGCAUUCCUAUCAUACAAAACUUUUUGCUGCUAGAUUUUCUUUCACAGGAAGCCUUAUGUAAAAAAACAAACAAACUCUGAUCUAGAAUAAGUGUAAUAUGUAAAAAUAAUAUGUCUAUAUGAGUAUAAUUUUUGUAAAAGUAUCGAUUUGCAUAUUGACCUGUAUGUAUUUUAUACUAACCAUUUAAUACAACAAUGAUUGUUUUAACCAAUAAAUUAACUCUACAUUUGCAA